GUGAGAAACAGUCUCUCUCUCUCUCUCUCACAUCACAUAAUUAUCACAUUUCGCUCCCCUUUGGUAUAUAUACACGCCCAGGCGUACGUAGCAACCCAAAACCAGAAAACCAGAUUUUAAUUUUGUGAGAGAGAAGAGAGGGGAGAGAGAGAAAGAGAGAGAUGGGAAGGGGAAGAGUGGAGUUGAAGAGAAUUGAGAACAAGAUCAACAGGCAGGUGACCUUCGCAAAGCGAAGGAACGGUCUAUUGAAGAAAGCUUACGAGCUUUCCGUUCUUUGCGAUGCGGAGGUUGCUCUCAUCAUCUUCUCCAAUAGAGGAAAGCUGUACGAGUUUUGCAGUAGUUCAAGCAUGCUCAAAACGCUAGAGCGGUACCAGAAAUGCAACUAUGGAGCACCUGAGCCUAAUGUCUCAACAAGGGAAGCCUUGGAGUUAAGCAGCCAACAGGAGUACUUGAAGCUGAAGGCACGUUACGAAGCCCUGCAACGAUCUCAAAGGAAUCUUAUGGGAGAAGAUCUGGGACCUCUAAGCAGCAAAGAACUCGAGUCACUUGAAAGGCAGCUUGAUUCCUCCUUGAAGCAGAUCAGAUCAACACGGACACAAUUUAUGCUGGAUCAGCUAUCUGAUCUUCAACGAAAGGAACACAUGCUAGGUGAGGCAAACAGGUCGCUUAGACAAAGGCUGGAGGGAUACCAAAUUAAUCCACUCCAAUUGAAUCCUACUGCUGAAGAAAUGGGAUAUGGGCGACAACCACCUCAACCUCAGGAUGACGGCUUCUUUCAUCCCUUGGAGUGUGAGCCAACCUUGCAAAUUGGAUAUCAGGCAGAUCCGGUAUUAGUGGUUACAGCAGGGCCAAGCAUGAGUAACUACAUGCCAGCAGGAUGGUUACCAUGAGAUAGAUUAUGAGGACCAACCAAGAUGUGGUUUCAAUUUUAUUUUAAUUAAAGACGAAGAAAACAGAGAAAGUGAACAUGGUAAUGCCAUGCCAUAUAUUCAAGGACUUUUCUAUAAGCAGGUUAUAUAUAUUCACUAUUUAACUAGGAACAUUAAUGUAAGUAGUGUUUUCUGCUGUGUGUACGCGCUUCCAUAAACUGCGCUAGAUUCCUUGUUUCUUCCCUUUUCCUUUAUUAAUAAGUGAUUAGUGUCUGCACCAACUAUAUUCCCCUAAUUACACAUAAUCCUUUCUAUAUAA